UGUAUUAAACUGUCGUGGGAUUUUAGUACACAAUUUUCAUUUAAUUUCUCUUUAAAGUUAUUUUUAUUUGAUUUUUUUGAAGAUGUCGUCUGCCCAAGCAACCAAAAACUGCAUUACGUUGAAGGGAUCCGCACAGAUUAUCGUGGACUACUUAAAGUACGGAAUCCAUUCGAUUUUGUUCCAACGGGGAGUUUACCCGUCAGAUAAGUUCGAGGCCACCCAACAAUAUGGCUUGACCAUUCUAAUGUCCAAGGACCCAAGGAUUACCACGUUCCUCCAGAACGUCCUCAGCCAGACCGAAGAGUGGCUCUCCAAGAAUAUGAUCAGAAAAGUCUCAAUGGUCAUCACGAAUGCUCAUAGCAAGGAGGUGCUCGAGUGCUGGGAAUUCAAAAUGGAGGCCGAAAAGGGGGACAACCAGGUCGCCGAUCCUUCCCAAAGGACGUCCAGCAAGGAUCUGACUCGCAUUCAGAACGAGAUUCGCGAAGUAAUGCGCCAGAUUUCGGCCUCAGUCAGCUACUUGCCGCUGCUGGACUGCAUCUGCGCCUUCGACCUGAAGAUCCACACGCCGGGGAACACCGAGAUCCCCGCCAAAUGGGGCGAGUCGGAAGCAUUUGUCAUCCCGAAUGCGCAGUCAGUUCAGCUGCGUUCCUUCUCGACGGGCCUCCAUAAAGUGGAGACCGUAGUGAAUUAUAAGUUGAACAACUAACUCCUUGAUUGCUUUACAUAAAUAUACAUCCUCAUACUGUAUACAUAUUUACACAUUUAGUUUGCCGAUUUACGAAUUUGAGA